AUGGAGAGUUGGAAUAGGAAGGGAAUUGGGUUUGUCGAUAAGAGCAGAAUCAAACAAGAAAUUGGUGCUGUUAAUCUCAGAAGACCUGUUGGGUUUGGUGAACAAGUUGCUGCUGGUUGGCCUUCUUGGCUUAGUGUUGUUGCUCGUGAAGCUAUUCAUGGUUGGAUUCCUCUUCGUGCUGAAAGUUUCGAGAAAUUGGAAAGGUGUUUCCGAGCACGAGAGCUUGCAACUGGGAGGAUGCUUGCCUUAAAGAAAGUUUGGUUCGAUAACUUUGAGCCAGAAAGUGUGAGAUUUAUGUCGCGGGAAAUAAUGAUUCUCCGCAAAUUGGAGGGACUAAUUACUUCUAGACUUUCAACUAGUGUAUAUCUUGUUUUCGAGUACACAGAACAUGAUAUUGUUGGUUUAUCAUCUUGUUCUGACAUCAAGUUCAGUGAAUCACAGGUUAAAUGCUAUAUGUAUCAACUACUAUCUGGCCUUGAACACUGUCAUUCAAGAGGUAUAAUGCACAGAGAUAUCCAGGGAUCCAACCUUCUUGUUAGUGAUAAUGGAGUUCUGAAGAUAGCUGAUUUUGGCAUGGCAAAUUUUGUUAGUGUCGGGCACAUUCAACCAUUAACUAGUCGAGUUGUUACUUUAUGGUUUCGGCCUCCUGAACUUUUGCUUGGAUCCACCAGUUAUGGGAAAUCUGUUGAUCUAUGGAGUGUUGCUGAUGUGGCUGAUCUCGGAAGCCGAGGAAGGACAGAAUUUGCUGGAGAAGGCAGUAAAGAAGUGCAACAGAAGUUACAGGCAAGUAUGAGAGGCAGUGUUGUUGUUGUUGCAACAGAAGUGCAAUGCAGGGAAAGAGGUUCAGGUGAUGGCAGUGAUUGCAGGCAAGAGUAUAAGGAGAAACGAGGGUUUCCACUACAGAUUAGUGAAAUUCAGUGA